AUGAGAAUGGGAUCGGUUGCAGCGAUGUGGUGGUUAACGGUGGUUGCUGCUGCAUCUCGCCUUUCAUUCCUGCAGGCUUCUUCUUCUCCAUCGACUACAGUCCCAGCUUUCCUCUGGUCUCCUCACCUUCAUCAAAUGAGUGAAGCAGUGAAUUAUCAGACCAUUUCUUCAAAAGAUCUUGCCAGGUCGGUUCUGUCUGAAGGAGGCUGGUCAAACUUACUGUGCUCAGAAAAGAAAAUUCAGCAUUCUGUAGAUCUGGCGCUUGUUUUUGUUGGCAGAGGGCUGCUUUCCACAGAUAUUUCUUCGAGCAAAAACUCAGAUCCAGCUCUUGUGAACUUGCUCAAGGUCUCUUAUACCAAGUCCAAUUUUUCCAUGGCAUUUCCUUAUGUUGCUUCAUCAGAGGAGGCAAUGGAGAAUUCAUUGGUUUCUGGGUUUGCAGAAGCUUGUGGGCAGGAUUUAGGAAUCAGUAAUAUUGCUUUUUCAGAGUCAUGUUCCGUAGAGGGUGAAAACUUUCAAAAGCUUGCAAAUCUGCAUGCCAUCAAUGACUAUCUGACUUCAAGGACGGAGAAGAGACCUAGUGGCCAAGCUGACCUGGUUGUAUUCUGUUAUGGAGGCUCUAAUUCGAUGAAAGGACUUGAUCAACCACAAAGUGAAAGUGAAACUUUCUCUGAGCUUAUCAGCUCUGUGGAGACAUUGGGGGAAAAAUAUGCUGUUCUCUAUGUUUCAGAUCCCUUCCAACCAAUCCAGCUUCCUUAUCAUCGAGAGCUAGAAAGGUUUCUCGCUGAAGGUGCUGCAGGGAAUGCAUCGCUGAAUUCCAUGCACUGUGAUGAAGUUUGCCAGAUCAAGGCAUCACUUCUGGAAGGAGUUUUAGUUGGCAUUGUUUUGCUUAUCAUUUUGAUAUCAGGCCUUUGCUGUAUGAUGGGUAUUGACACUCCAACAAGAUUCGAAGCUCCCCAAGACACUUAA